UGGGGAGCACCGUAACACUGGGCCCAGGAGCAAGGACACAAUCGCAGGGCAGGAGGUUCUGAGCUGCAGGGUUCAAACACAGACACCGGAUCGGGGCACAGGAUAACGAGCACAUCUCAGAUCCAGGAAGGAAUGUUCCAGGAUGCUGAAGCUGAGAAUCUUGAACAUGAUAGCUCCCUCAUAUUUUCUUGGAGUUUCCAUCACCACAAUGAUCCUUCAGAGUUUUGUCUUCAUUCCCACAAUCUUUGCUGAUGACUUCAGGCGCCCAUGGUCUUACUAUGGAUGCCACUUCAUUUUCUUUCUCUAUAUCUCAGCAAAUGUUUUGGGAAACUACUUCUUGAUCCUGUGGUAUCCAUCAGAGAGCCUUCAGUCCACCAGCAGCCUCGAUGGGGGUGAACUCCUGCAGCCGGGCAGCCACUUCUGUAAGUUGUGUAGCAAAGUCAUCCUGCGGAGGGACCAUCAUUGCUUCUUCACUGCCAACUGCAUUGGGAACAGGAACAUGCGUUAUUUCCUGAUGUUUGGCUGGUACACCUCAAUCGUCUGUCUCUAUUCCUUGGUGGUAGGUGUAGCAUACCUGAGUGUGGAAUAUCAUCUCUCCUUCGAGAAUCCCCUCACCUUCCUCACUCUCCUGCCCCUCUCCUUCUUCCACUUCUUCUUCAGUAUGAUCCCGUCAUUUCAGCUGUUCCUCGUGUUGAUGUUGUACAUCUGGUUGGGGAUCGGACUCACCUGCGCUGGGUUCUGCUGCCAACAGAUCCUCCUGGUGGCUCGAGGUCGUACCUGGUACCAUCUGAAGAAAGGGAUGCCUGCAGUACGUUGCACUCCAUGGGGAGUUAAUCUUCAGGAUGUCUUUGGGAAACGUUGGUUGCUGGGACUUUUCUUCCCAAUUCCAACAGUUCCUGUGGACCCAAAGGACAAGUAGAAU